AAUCAAUUCCUAGGUUAACAAAAUUUAAUUUCAGUAGCGUUAAAAAUUGUUUACUCAUAUCAGAAGGCUAAGGGCACUAUCAUUACCACUGCCACUACCGUUUCUCCACCGUCCGCCGCGUCCCUCGGCGACCUGACCCGCCGUAAUCGGUCGCAUCCGCCGUGAAGCAACUAAGCACUCCACGCUAUGGACUUCGACGACUUAGAAGAAGCGCCAGUGAAGGCCGCUUCUAGAGUCUCCAAGUUUGCGCCAAAAUCAUCGAAGCUCAAACCUAAACCAAAAGUGGUACCUGGCCCCAAAACUGAACCUCAACCCCAACCCCAACCCGAACCAUCUAUCUCCAAACCAGAGUCUCAAGAAUUCGUUGCAACUGUCAAAAAGAACGAAGAUGGCGUAGCAACAGUGUCACCAAUUCAUAUAAAGCCUGAACUCAACACCGAUGUCCAAAUGGAAACGGAACCGAAAUCUGAACCCGAGGACGAAGCAGAAGCAGGACGAGAUGAUCCCAUGGACGAAGAUACUCCCGAAGACACAGUUAUACGCGAAAUUGACGUUUUCUUCACACCUUCUAUUGAUGCCGAGACUCAGUUGUAUGUUUUUCAGUAUCCCUUGAGACCUAGUUGGCGACCUUACGACAUAGAUGACAGAUGCGAAGAGGUAAGGUUGAAACCAGAGAGUUCAGAAGUGGAGCUUGAUUUACCCAUUGAAAUGGAGUCAAGUAAUAUUGACAGAGAGUUUGCCAACAAACACAACGUCACCAAGCAGACUUAUUCAACUUCAUGGAAGCCACCUCGUGCAGGUGGACAAGCUGCAACUGCUGCUGGGCUUCUUAUGGGAGAUAAGUUACACCUGCAUCCAAUUCAUGCAGUUGUGCAGCUUCGACCAAAAUUAUAUCAUCUGAAUUCUGGUGGUUCAAAAAGGAAGAAUGUCACCUUAGCUGGGGCAAAUGCUACAGUCAAAAUUGAGGGCUCUAAUGAAGAAAAGCCUGUUGCUACAUCAAAGAAGCAGAAUAAGCCAACUGAACCAUCUAUUGAGCAAAAGAAUGAUGAGGAUGAGAACUGGCUACCUCUUAAGUACCAUAGCUGCAAGAGUGAUCUCUCCUCUAGAUAUUUGGAGCAAAUGAUGGGACAAGAAAGUUCUCCUAUAAACUUCACAAUGAGAGCGUUUGAUUAUGUUACCGCACUGUGUCCUGGAGGAACCAGCAACAAUUUAUCAAAGGCUCCUUCUAAAAGGGAUCUACUAUCAUUACCCGUGGAAGAGCGACUUAAGAAAAUGCUGAAGACAUAUACACCACAGCGUUUCAGUGCUAUAAAACACUUUGCUCCUGAAUACUCCGAGGAGGAAAUUCUAAAAUUCCUACAGCAACAUGCAAUAUUGUUGUGGGGACUAUGGACUGCAAAAAGUUCAUUGCUAUAUCCUAAUGGUGGCGCAGAAUCUUUGGCAAGAGAUUAUGUCUUACUAAUGUUUAGCAAGAAUUUGAAAGUUCAGUCUUCUGAUAUGAAUGUUCGAGGUGAACUUACUACUCAUGUGAAGGAGUUCCUGAAGCAAUUUGGCUUGGAAACAGCUAAUCUUGAUAAAUCUGCUGGAGAACCAAAACCUUACUGGAAAUUCAAAGAGCGACCUGAUGAGUCAUUCAAAAAACUCUAUCCAGAUAUUGUUGAAAAACAGGAAAGACUUUUCAAAGGUUUGGAACAACAUUUACCUGGUCUUGUAUCAAAUGCUGGAAAACGUAAAAUUGGUAAAAGUGCUGUAGCAAACCAAGGUGUAAACAAUGAGGCUCUUAAAUCAGCAAGUUCUGAUCAAGGGAGAACAAGUCUGGCUGGAGUGUCUACUGGGAAAAUGACCAUGUCAAAUGAAACCCGACAUGCUCUACCAAUUGCCCUCAAGAAGCUUUUUCAGACUAACAAAGUUUGCAGUUUCAAAGUGAUAUGCCAAGGAUUGCGUGAGAUGGCAGUUUCCAAAGCCAUGCUUUCAAAGGGAGAUUCUAAAAUUGCUGUGGAUGCGGCUCACAGUCUUGAUGGUCCACAUAAUGAGUUAAUGGCAGUCAUAAAUGAAGUUUCAUGUGAAAUCCAUGGUUAUUAUGUAUUGAAAUCAUCACAAGAUGAUCCAUUCAGAGAUGUUGUAAUUGAUAUGCUUCGUGGAAGUGGACCCAAUGCCAAGCUCAAGAAGGCUGAGAUACUUGAAGCUGCAAGGAGAAAACUGGGUAGAGAGGUCCCUAACAACGAAUAUAAUAAGGUCAUGAGUGAGUUAUGUGUUUCAAAAGGUUCUGUUUGGGUCUUGAGAAACGGUGAUGGAAGUAACCAAUGAUUGGGUUUUUGUACGACUUGUAAAGUCACUCCUUUCUCACUUCUUUCUGUUGUCCUGCUCAGGUAUUUUGAUUAUCACGAAUAGACAUUAUUAGAGGUUAUGGAUAAUAGUCAUUAUUCUCAAAAGUGCAAAUCUUGUCCCCUUUUUAGCUUUAGAUAGGAGAUGAAAUAGUGUUUUUAACCAAAAGAAAAAGGAUAAGAAAUUUGAUGAAAG